GCGGCCCCGGCGCGCGUGGGUGACGUCAGCCGCGCGCGCCCGCGUAGCUCGGAGUCCGCGGAAGUGGAGAGCUGAGGGCAGGCGGCUGAGACAGUGCUCAAGUCUUACCUGGGGGAGACUACCCUCUCGAAGGUCUGACCUGACCCAACAUUGCCUGCGACCCUGUGGGUAUCCAGUUUGGGGAUCCAGUGUCUAGGUACCUUUGGCUGUCCCAGGAAGCCAUGUUCUCCAGGGGACUGAAAGUUAUGGAAACCAAACUUGUGACAUGAGGUGUUUUUUUGGUAAGCAGCCAUUUAUGAUUCUGGAGGAGUAAAGCAGAUAGGAGCUCUCAGACGUCCAGGUACCAUGGACACAAAGCUGGACCCUUCCCGAGAUGACCUGCCCCUCAUGGCCAACACCAGUCACAUGCUUGUGAGGCACUACACACUGGAUUUAGAUGUGGACGUUGAGAGUCAUGUUAUUGAGGGCACCACAGUGCUUUUCCUGGAGGACGAGAACUCACUCAAGAAACGGACUCGCUCCACCCAAGAAACCUGCCAACUGGAGGCAGAGGAAGCCUGCAGACUGAGGACCCCUGAGCCCUGCCAUGUUCCUAUGACAAGUGCAAGGUCCUUCUCAUGUAAAGUGGGAUGCAGUGAUUUUGCAACCUUUGGUAAAGGUGAAAAAGAUCCUUCUGCUAAAGAUGGUAACCAUGACAACCAGGAACAGGCUUCUGGGAUCUCUAGCUCAAAGUACUGCUGUGACACAGAGCAUCAUGGGAGAGAGGAUUUUUUGCUAGUGUUGGACUGCUGUGAUUUAUCUGUGUUAAAGGUUGAGGAGGUGGAUGUUGCUGCUGUGCCAGGAAUUGAGAAAUUGACAAGGUCUCCCAAGCUCACAGGUGUCUGUGAGGAGCUGAGGAAUGAAAUCGUUGGUGAGCUUGUGACUCUGCCUGCACAUCAUUGGCGGGAGCAGUUAGACUACUACGCUCUCUGCAGCCGGGCUCCAGGCUGUGGAGAACUCUUCUUCGACACUGAUGCUUGGAGCUUACGGAUCAGGAAAACAGGAGCUCAGACAGCUAUGGACUUUCCUCACGCCAUCAGGAUAUGGUACAAAACCAAACCUGAGGGACAGUCAGUUACUUGGACCUCCGACCAGAGUGGCAGGCCAUGUGUUUACACGAUGGGAUCUCCCAUAAACAACAGGGCCCUUUUUCCAUGCCAGGAGCCACCCGUUGCCAUGUCAACAUGGCAGGCCACAGUUCGAGCAGCUGCAUCUUUUGUUGUUUUAAUGAGUGGAGAAAAUUCUGCCAAACCAACACCGCUUCGCGAAGGCUGCUUAAGCUGGCAUUACUAUGUGACCAUGCCCAUGCCAGCCUCCACCUUCACAGUUGCAGUGGGAUGCUGGACAGAAAUAAAGCCUGAGACCUGCUCAUCAAAUGACCUGGCAACAGCAGGACCCCUCCCACCUUCCGCAACUGACUCCAGGAGUGUUGGCAUUUGUGGUCACAUGGAAUACCCUUGCCGCUUCCAGAAUACCUCUGCCACCACCCAGGAGCUCAUUCCUCAUCGGGUCUUUGCACCGGUGUGUCUCAGGGGUGUCUGCCAAGAGACCCUGGUGCGGCUGCUCCCUCCUUGCCUGUCUGCCGCUCAUUCUGUCCUAGGAACACACCCGUUCUCCAGGCUGGAUAUACUCAUCGUCCCUGCUAACUUUCCAAGUCUGGGGAUGGCCAGCCCACACAUCAUCUUCCUCUCCCAGAGCACCUUGACAGGCUGGAGCCUCUGUGGGACCCGCCUCUGCCAUGAAAUCGCUCACUCCUGGUUUGGCCUGGCCAUCGGGGCGCGUGACUGGACAGAGGAAUGGCUUAGCGAAGGGUUUGCCACUCACCUAGAAGACAUUAUCUGGGCUGAAGCACAGCAGCUGUCCCCCCACGAGGCCCAGGAGCAGCAAGAGCUGAGGGCUUGCCUGCGCUGGCAUCGCCUCCAGGAUGAGCUACAGAACUCCCCUGAGGAGAUGCAGGUGUUAAGACCCAGCAAAGAGAAAACUGGCCAUGUGAGUGACUCGGGAGCGUCUGUGGUCAGGCAUGGACUCAACCCAGACAAGAUGUUCAUGCAGGUCCACUAUUUGAAGGGCUACUUCCUUCUUCGGUUCCUUGCCAGAAGACUUGGAGAUGAAGCCUACUUUUCUUUCUUAAGAAAAUUUGUGUACACGUUUCAUGGGCAGUUGAUCCUUUCCCAGAAUUUCCUUCAAAUGUUGUUGGAGAAUAUCCCAGAAGAAAACAG